AUAACUUCCGGUGGUGAAAACGCGCCAAAUUUGCGUAGGGCGGGAAGGCUGAGCUGUGGUAAACAAAACAACACCUAUUGAAAGUUAUAAUGGUGCGUACGAAGGCAGACGGUGGAUCCAGCUCAUCAUCAAGGAAAGUUGUAGCCGCAAGAGCCCCACGGAAGGCAUUAGGUGGUGGUGGACCAAGCUCCUCAGCAGGUGACUCCCCAAGUGGGAAGGCUGGGAAGUACGCUGGAGGGAAUCCGGUCUGUCCACGACCAACCCCAGACUGGCAGAAGGGAAUUAACUCUUUCUUCCAGUCCCCACAGAAAGGAAAGGAAAACGAAAGUCCAAGUGACUCGGAAUCCUCGGGGACCAACAGCAGUCAGAGCAGCGAAUCUUCUAGUGCGGGGCCCUCCUGCAGUGCGGAUGAUUGACGGGUUGUCAGCUGAAAGAAUACACAGUAUGAAAUAAAUUCCAGGAUUUAGAACCUUGUCCCAGACACUGCAGAUAUGUGACUGUAAAAAAUGGUGUCUAAAUGUGACUUAUAGAUGUAUUCAACUUAGAACAAAGGGCAAGAUAAAUAUUACAUGUUGACUUGAGAGAUUAAUGUUUCAUCAUUCACAAUUGUAACUGUAUAUCAUCUCAUAUUUUGUGAGAGAGAGAGUCCUGCUGUGAUUUGGCAGUUUUUAUGUAUAUGAAUGUUAAUAAAAUUUUUACAUAUUUUAA